AUGAUCGAGACUGAGAUCGCCCCGGCCGCCGCUCCUCUAGCGGAGCCCGCCGCCGAGAAGAAGCCGAGUAAGAAGGGGGCAGAAGCCGGAGGAGCCAAGAAAGUCAGCAAGCAGCCGGCCGGACCCAGCGCGUCCGAGCUCAUCCUAAAAGCCGUGGCCGCUUCCAAAGAGCGCAGCGGUGUCUCCCUGUCCGCCCUCAAGAAGUCUCUGGCCGCCGCAGGAUACGAUGUGGACAAGAACAAAAGCCGACUGAAGAGCGCCCUCAAGGCUUUGGUCACUAAGGGGAGCUUACAGCAAGUCAAAGGCAGCGGAGCCUCCGGAUCCUUCAAGAUCAACAAGAAGCAGGAGAGCAAAGACAAGGCUGUGGCCAAAAAGGUGAAGAAGCCAUCGGCUGCCGCCAAGCCCAGGAAACCAGCAGCCGCCAAGAAGACCACUGCAAAGUCCCCCAAGAAGAAGCCGGCACCUAAGAAAGCUCCAAUCAAAGCCAAGAGCCCCAAGAAACCGGCUGCUUCCAAAAAAGUAGCCAAGGGUCCGGCUAAGAAGGCGCCGAAGCCCAAGAUAGCCAAGAGUCCGGCUAAGAAGGCGCCGAAGCCCAAGACAGCCAAGAGUCCGGCUAAGAAGGCAGCCAAGCCUAAGAGGGCGGCUCCCAAGAAGAGAUAA